AAUAUCGGUCUUUUCUGCUGCCCAAAUUCGUUGUGCAUCUGACCCGUUAUCCGUACAUCAGGAGAACAUGCAUCGGCUAUUGUUGACAGACACGAGAUGAUUCGAGACAGGAGAUGAAUAUGACGACGGCCUUUCAGGAGUCGUGCAUUGAGCACCGCCAAAUUGUGGGGUGGCAGGCCGCUGAGACAAUGCUGGUCUCACUGGACGACUAGAACGGUUACUGUGCAAUUUUAUGCAUAGCAGUGAUUGACGGUAAGCAUUGGGCAUACUAUGGAGUACGAUGAUGAUAUUAUUGUCUUCUGUUCGGAGUAACCAUCGGCAACAUGAAGGGUCUGGACUGGUGAGAUGGAGAGCACUUCGACAAGAAUGGCUCUCCAGCAGGGGGGACGAGUUGGCAUCGAACAAUCGAGGCUGUGAAUAGAGUCUACUCGUGGAUAGUGAGCGAACCGCAGCAGGUGGGAUGGGAGUGUUGCGUGGUUUGAUCUGCAGGGCCAGAAUCAUGGAUCGGCUCUUUGUUUGUUCAUUUGACUCUAGGAUUAGGACCUCAGGGACGACGUCAACCAAGCCAUCUGGACACGCUGAUUUGACGCCAAAUGGGCGAAAUGGAUGGGGGGAAGGCCACAGUGCGGGCAAAGUGAGGGUGCGAGAUGUUGCCAGAUGUUUGGCGACUGGGAGGGAGAGCGAAGAACUGGGAUGGAACCGGGGUGGAGGGCGCAGUUUGAGCCUGUCUCUUCCAUUCGAUCACAAAGCGCUCGAACUAGUGCCAGAAGGAGAUUAGUUGAGGGUCUAGUGGAUUGGGCUAAUAUUGCCGUAGUCUCCGAGUUCGUGCUGAAAAAUGCGCAGUGGGUUUGCAGGCGGUCUGAGAAGUACAGUGGCCGGUGGCGAGCGAUCAACGAGGGACUUUGCAGGCACCUUGGUCCCU